GAGCCACAUUCUUUUUGUGUCCUUUUCCCAGGAGACACAUAUCCAUUUUCAUCACAGAGCAAAGCAUCAAAUAUGAAUGAAAACAUGCAACUCUGACACAGUAUUUAAAUAGAACCCAAAGCAUCUCCACAGGGACUGGCAGAUGCAGCCGAGCCGAGACUGCGCUGCCAUCGCAGGAUAGAGGGAAAAGCUGGAUGGAGAGAACGACAAGAAAACAAAAGAGUGCAUCCCCACUCUCGGGGGAGGAAAGGGUUAACCCCAUUACGACAGACCAAUCAGAGCAGGGAGCAACACUGCAAAACCGCCGCAGUGAGUGAGAGAGGGAGACGAAGAUAGAGAAGAAGCGAACGAGAGAGAGAGGGGGGACAAGAAAAGAUGUGGAGGCGCAACAGAGGGGUGCAUCGGCAACACUUCAACGCAUCACAGUUUGAAGAGAGAGAAAAAGAAACAAGACAGUGAAGGAAACAGUUAGCAGGACAGUAGAUCAAAGUCAGAGGACGUCUGUUUCACUCCGCUGGCACUGCUGACAGUUCGCACGGACAGUAUUUGAUUCACGCUCCUCAGGGGGAGGCAGGUUUACGACUCGCUGACAUGCAAAGGCUACAAAAGUCUGUGCACUUGUGGAUCUCAGAUGAUGCUUCGGUGAAGCUGUAGCUACUCUCCGUUGCAUGACAGAUGAGAACUCUGGGAGCGCAAAGGAUUGUGGGAUCAAAGAGCUGAAGAGAAGUGCCAUCUCUCAGGAAGACGUGCACUAACAUUGGGUCUCCCAGGACGAGUGGAUUUCCCAGGACAUUCCCAUGCUCUCCACGGAUGUGGAAAGUUUUUAUCAUGUGCUUCAGAAAGCGUUAAUAAUGCAGCCUAAAGGUGACCUUCAGUGAGGGGACAGGAAAUUACAUCGCCAACACCCGGAAUGCCCCACCCCCUCAUGCUGACCUAAACAAUUCUGCGACCUUGGAUUCUUCAGCAGAUGGCACAUGCAAAUCAGCAAACGCAAAUCAAUAUGGAUUUAUCACCUUCUAGGGCCCAUAAAACUGCAAUAACAGGAAUAUGCCAGCAUUGAAGCAACGGUAUGAGAUGGUAUCAAGCGAGAUGAAAGCAACUUCCUAACCCUAACGUGGAUAUAAUAAUCAAUCGAAAACGAUUGCUUUCAGUUGUUAAGAUAGAUUAGAAAAGGAAAAUUUUAUCUCUGAAUCACUUGUCAUUUUCUUUGGAUUCCUAAACAAAUCAGAACACGAAAGAACAACUCUUUCUUAGGUCUGGACAUGGCAGGAGACCAAACGUAUCAGUUGGUUGAGUAAAAAAACAUCAUCCCUGAUCAAUAAGCGAAAGAUUCGCUUGGAUUACGAGGAUUAAGAAGUGCAGAAUACUUCCUUGAAAGGCCAUGCCUGGGGCUGAUGUACAACUUGUACCCCUUCCAGACUCUCCCGUCUCAACUGCUGACUCCCGAGGCUGAGAAAAAAGCUGGAAGGGGAAGGGAUAAUGCACGUCCCUCCCUCAACGGAAGAAGAAAUCACCAUGAGUAACGUUACUGUCCUUGACAUCACCGAGGCUGUGAGUCCCGCCAUGACGACAGCCGGCCCGUACCCUUACCCUCUCAGCUUCCAGGUGUCCCUGACCGGAUUCCUCAUGCUGGAGAUCGUCCUGGGAUUGAGCAGCAACCUGACCGUGCUGGCGCUCUACUGCAUGAAGUCCAACCUGGUCAAUUCCGUUAGCAACAUCGUCACCAUGAACCUCCACGUGCUGGACGUGUUGGUGUGCGUUUGCUGCAUCCCUCUGACCAUUGUCGUGCUGAUGCUGUCAUUGCAAGGCGACACGGUGCUCGUUUGCUGCUUCCACGAGGCCUGCGUGUCCUUCGCCAGCGUGGCUACGGCAGCUAACGUGCUAGCCAUCACUUUGGACCGAUAUGACAUCUCCGUUAAACCCGCCAAUCGCGUGCUGACUAUGGGACGAGCGGUGGCUCUGUUGGGUUGCAUUUGGGUGCUGUCUUUUGUCAGCUUCUUGGUGCCAUUUAUCGAGGUGGGAUUCUUGGGACCGGAGCCCACCAAAGCCAAUCAGACCGCCGUUGUGCACGUCAACGAGUAUUACACCGAACUUGGUCUAUACUACCACCUAGUUGCCCAAAUCCCCAUUUUCUGUUUGACUGCCGUCAUAAUGUUAGUGACAUACGCAAAGAUCCUGCAGGCUCUCAACAUCCGCAUUGGUACGCGCUUCCAUGCCACGCAGAAGAAGAAGAAAAAGAUGAAGAGGAAAAAGAACUUCUCUCUUAUGUCGACGUCCGAGCAGCAGCUGCCCGAGAUCACGGACGCCUCGCAGAGCAGCGCCGGCAACCGCGGAAAUGCUCCGCUUGGCAUGCGCACGUCCGUCUCGGUGAUCAUCGCCCUUCGAAGGGCCGUCAAACGCCACCGGGAACGCCGUGAACGGCAAAAGCGCGUUUUCCGUAUGUCGUUGCUCAUCAUCUCCACGUUCCUUCUCUGUUGGACACCCAUUACCGUUUUAAACACUGUGAUUCUCAGCGCAGGCCCCAGCGACCUCACCGUCAGGCUCCGAUUGGGCUUUCUGGUCAUGGCCUAUGGCACCACAGUCUUCCAUCCGCUCUUGUACGCCUUCACAAGGCAGAAGUUUCAGAAAGUCCUGAAAAGUAAAAUGAAGAAACGGGUGGUGUCCAUCAUCGAGGCGGAUCCGCUGCCGAACAAUGCAGUGAUUCGAAACUCCUGGAUUGACCCUAAACGGAAUAAGAAAGUGACGUUUGAUGAUCACGAAGCCAGACAGAAAUGUCUAUCAUCUGAAGAUGCAGAUUAAAGCCCUUUUGCAACCUCAAAAAAAAAAAAAAAGACUAGUUCUCAUAAAAGCACUGUUAUCCAUAAGGAAACCACGUGAUGUGAAUGUUAGUCAUACAUGAGCAGGUAUCAAAUAAUCUUAUUAUUUAUAAUCAACUUGGAAUAUACUAUGAUAGGUUUCAUAGAAUGAUACUAUUGCAGUUACAAGGUGCAUGUCCUUUAUAAACCACUGUAUGUACUGUAAAUACAUGAAAACUGAGAUUUGUACAUACUCUUGAUCAGUUAUGUACCUCUAUUAUGACUUGUAGCCUGUGUAUAAAUGUAUUUGUAAUAAACUAGGUGGGGGAAAAAAAGACGAAAUCCAUCUGCUCUUUGACAUGAACGCAGAUGCUGUGAACAUUGACCCUCCAUGAUAGUGCUUUUCAUUUAAAGCUAGAUCCAUCUGAAGUCAUCUUGUGCAGGAAUAUGAGGAUAUUAUUGUUUCUGUGGAACAAAAAAGGAGAAUUAUUGAUGAAUCAUCACACAUCGAUUCAUAUGUUAAGAUUCAAACAUGAAUAAAACACCAAAAGCACUUACAAAAGUC